AUGACUCCGGUCUCGGACCCCGGCCGUGCCGCUCCCGCUCCCGCUCCGGUACCUGUUCCGGUACGGAGUAGUGACAGUGACGGCAGUGUCGUUGAUCCAGCAGAAUUCGAAAAUCUUUCGAGAUCUUUGACGACUGGUGCUCACUUCCUGCAGCCUGAAUCAUUAGAGAGUGCAAUGCUAAGACCUUCUUCUUAUAAGGCUAGUCAUUACCUUCACGAUGAGGAGCAGGAGGGAGUGAUCAGUGAGGCUGAAGGUGAAGAUGAAGAUGACAGUCAGAUCUCUGAGGACUUGGAUAAUGUGCGUCCUCAUGAAGAGACUCCUCUUAUAAGUCACAGUCGACGCCAUUCUAUCACAGCAAGAUCAACAACUUCUGCUGUAACGGAGAUAGAUACACCGUUUCUCAAUAACACAUCUCCAACCCGCUUCUGGUUCAUCUUCUCCCAGAUUCUGACAGCAUACUUCAUAUCUUGCUUUGAUGGAACAAUCAUGGCUUCAUCACAUCCUGUCAUUACAUCAUACUUUAACGCCUCAAACUCCGCAUCGUGGCUUUCCACGGCUUUCCUCCUCACUUCAUCUGCCUUCCAACCUUUACUAGGCCGGCUCUCUGAUGCUCUAGGCCGAAAGCCGCUUUUUGUAGGAGCACUGGGCAUCUUUGCAGCCGCAACGACAUGGUGUGCUCUUGCAAACAGCAUCGAGAGCUUUAUUCUCGGACGAGCCUUUUGCGGAAUCGGCGCUGGUGGUGUCAUGACCAUUGGUUCGAUCAUUGUGUCGGACCUUGUGCCCAUUGAGAACCGUGGCGUCUAUCAGUCAUACAUAAACAUGAACUAUGGUGUUGGUUCAAGUCUGGGUGCCGCUGCAGGAGGCGCAAUGGCUGAUUAUCUUGGCUGGAGAUGGGAGUUUGGAGUUCAGAUUCCGCCACUAUUGAUCUGCAUGGUUGUUGCAUGGAUUGCCAUCCCAGAUGAUCUGGGUAUACAGGGCGAAAGAAAGGGCGUGUGGCAGGCUCUUAAAGAAUUCGACAUUAGAGGCUCGUUGCUCUUGACUACCGCUAUUACAUUUGUGAUUCUGGGCCUGAAUCUUGGAGGCAACGUCCUUCCAUGGUCACACCCUUUUGUCAUUGCAAGUCUUGUAAUAUUCGCCAUCACAUUCCCCGUGUUCCUAUGGGUUGAGUCCUGGGUCCAUAAACCGAUCAUGCCCCUACAUCUCUUGAACCGACAGCCUCGCGGAAAUCUGAUUUUCUCGAAUGUUAUUGCUGCUAUUGUCGCUAACUCAAUUCUAUUCAACAUUCCACUAUAUUUUCAGGCUGUCCUCCUCACAUCUGCCACCUCUUCUGGUCUCCGCCUCAUUAUUCCAACAAUCGCUGCCUCUUCAACCGGUACUUUUGUUGGUUUUGCCGUGACUUGGACUGGCCGCUUGAAGUGGCCUGUCUUAAGUGGUACUAUUUGCAUACUCAUCGGCACCAUAGGCCUGGUUUUUCUUCAGCGUGACCUCCCAUCUUGGGUUUAUCUCUUCAUCCUUCUCCCUUCAUCGAUUGGACAGGGAUUCCAAUUCCCGGGAACAUUCAUGGCGAUAUUGGCUGCAUCUCCUCAAGCCGAGCAAGCUGUUGUGACAUCUACACUCAUGCUGUGGCGAAGUCUCGGCCAGGUACUUGGCGUUGCAAGUAGCUCGCUUGUUGUCCAGAACGCUCUGCUCCAUUAUCUCAGACAGUACGUCACAGGAGAAGGUCGUGAUGAGAUUAUUCGUCGUGUGAGAGAGUCGGUUGAAGAGGUGGCUAAGCUUGAGCCCAAGUACCGAGAACAGGUCAUUGUGAGUUAUGAAGCUGCGCUGCGGCUCACAUUCAUCACUUGUGCCGUGUUUGCAUUUGCCUCUGUCGUGAUGAUCUGGCCGAUCAAGCUUCCCCGUCUUGGUGUGCGAAAGCGCAAAUAA